AUGAAACAGCAACAGCAGCAGCAGAAACAGCAGCAGCAGAAACAGCAGCAGCAGCAACAGCAGCAGACGCAACAGGAACAACAGCAGCAACAACAGCAACAGCAGCAGCAGCAGCAACAACAACAGCAGCACCCCCAGCAGCAGCAGCACCCCCAGCAGCAGCAGCACCCCCAUCAGCAGCAGCACCCCGACAAGCAGCAGCACCCCCAUCAGCAGCAGCACCCUCAGCAGCAGCAGCAGCAGCAGCAGCAGCAGCACCAUCAGCAGCAGCAGCAGGAGCAGCAGCAGCAGCAGCAGGAGCAGCAGCAGCAGCAGCUAACCUCAAUAGGAUUAAAGUGUUUUGUUGAGAAACAAUAA